UCAUAGACAGACAACAACAAUACAAAACAAUGCCAAACAAAACAGAAUUUUGUUAGCAAAGCAAAGAUUUUUGUAUAAAAUUAAAAAACAGACACAAUGCGAAAGACAUGGGUGAAGCGUGAGAACAUCUACUACAAGCCAUUCUACCGGCAGAAAUCCAAAAUGCUGCUGCUACUCAUCUUCCUGGUCGGAAUAUCGUUCAUCGCCUAUCAGGCCUUCUCGCUGAACCAGUUGCCCGCGGUGCCCUCGCCCUGGAACCUGCAGCAGCUGCGCCGCAAGCACAGGGAAAUGAUGCAGUCCCUGUCCCUGGGCAGCAAACAGCGCGACGUGGACCCCUUCGAUGGCGGUGGGGCGACGGAAGCCAGAUCUGCGUUCGUGGCCGGCCUGGACGGCUCUUCCGCUCCCGAUGUGGAGCCCAUCAAAAUCAUACGAGGUACGCGCCUCUUCGACUAUGACGCGUACAAGCCGAACUUUGAGGGGAAGUUCAAGUGUCUGGACGGCAGCAAGGCUAUAGCGUUCGACCACUUGAACGACAACUACUGCGACUGCGAGGGCGACGGCAGCGACGAGCCCAGCACAAAUGCCUGCGCCAACGGGCGCUUCUACUGCCGCUACCAGAAGCGCCACAUAACGGGUCGCGGCCGGGACAAGUAUGUGGUCAGUAGUCGGGUGAAUGACCACGUAUGUGAUUGCUGCGACGGCAGCGACGAGUGGACGACACAUGUCAAGUGCCGCAACGACUGUGCGUAGUUGCGGGGCGCGCUGCAUAGCAGAGAGCUUUUGGACCGAAGAAACUUCCACCUCCACCUCCGCCAAGGACAUACAAAAAUCUCAAGGAUGAAGCAGUCUGGGGGCGCAUCACAAGCGAUAUUUUUUUACAAGUACAAUAGAAUUGUAAUUUAUUUUAAAGUAAGUAGAUUGAAUAAAAGAAACAAAUUGAAGA